AUGGCUUGGGUAAGUUGGUUUUCAGUUUGUAAGACCAAGGAACAUGGUGGUUUAGGAAUCAAGGACAUAAGUUUGUUUAAUAGAGCUCUUCUUUCUAAAUGGUUGUGGAGGCUGAUUCAUGAACAAGAUGCAAUUUGGAAGCCACUUUUGGUUCUCAAGUAUGGCAGUUUUAUUUGUAGAAUUGUUUCAAAUAUCGAAGAUAGCAGUUGCAGGUUGCAUUCGCCUUGGUGGAAGAACAUCACGCGCAUUUCUGAUUCUAAGGAUGAGGAUGGGUUCAUGAUGCAAUUAGCUUGUAAGUUGGGUGAAGGUACUCAAAUUUCUUUUUGGAAUUCUGGAUGA